AUGAUGCUGCUGCCAAAAAGGAUUCAGAAAGAAACGCAUAAUCUGGCCAGCGAACCCCCUCCAGGGAUAGAGGCGGUGCCUGACCCUUCAAACUAUCGGUAUUUCAAGAUCAUCAUGACCGGCCCAGCAGGAACCCCGUAUGAAGGUGGCAAGUACCGCCUCGAAUUGUUUCUGCCGGAACAAUAUCCAAUGGAGCCACCGAAGGUUCGCUUCCUUACCAAAAUCUAUCAUCCCAAUAUCGACGCGCUGGGCCGGAUUUGUUUGGACAUCCUGAAGGACAAAUGGAGCCCAGCUUUGCAGAUUCGAACUGUUCUUCUGUCUGUACAGGCGCUGCUUUCCGCUCCGGAGCCUGACGAUCCCUUGGACACUCGUGUGGCGGACCACUUCAAAAACGACCGACACGCCGCGGAGGAACGCGCUCGUCAGUGGAGAGAGAUGUACGCAGGAGAUCAAUCGAUCACUCUGGAUUGA